UCUCUCUCUCUCUCUCUCUCUCUCCAAUCUCUAUCCAUGGCCAAAGGUGGCAAGCUCACCAAGCUCAAGUCCGUCCUCAAGAAGUGGAACUCCUUCGGCCGCGGCAGCAGCCGCGCCGCCUCCGGCCCCCGCAGCAACAUCUCUGCCGUCUCCGACGACGGCGACGCCUCCCCCGCCAUCUCCCCUUCCGGCCUCCACCCCGUCUACGUCGGCAAGUCCCGGCGCCGCUACCUCAUCCGCUCCGCUGUCCUCCGCCACCCCCUCUUCCGCGAGCUCGUCGAGCGGUCCUCCUCCUCCUCCGGAGCCGACUGCGCCCCCGACGAGACGGCCGUCAGCGUAGCCUGCGAGGUGGUCCUGUUUGAGCACCUGCUGUGGAUGCUCGAGAACGCCGACCCUCAGCCCGAGUCCAUGGACGAGCUCGUCGAGUUCUACGCUUGCUGAGUCCAGACACUGCCACCUUCCGAGUCGGUCCCUACACGACGUCGUAUAAUGCACCUGUAUAUUAUUUUCGAGGGUAAUAACGUGAUUAGCUGGGUGUAGAAGUUUUACUAAGACACUGAUAGAGAAACGUACCCGCUCGCGAGUUGCUUGUGAACUCAGCGAGCCAGGAUUAACCUAUUUUUACUCCGGCUAAUCUCAGAUUCCGGAUGGCUGGUGAGGAGAUGAUUCAUUGCGAUUAAUAUGUAAUUGUACUCUUGUU